AUGAGUAAUCUUAGCAAGAAAGAUGAUGGUCAUGACGUGACAAUAGAUAGUACGAAUUCGGAUAUUGAAGUAGAAAGAUCAGGAUCUACGAGCAAUAUAAUGCUUGCACCAAGUCCUAAAAGCUCUUCAGAGUUAUUGAGCUCAGAAUCCGUUAUUUCCGAUUCCGACGCAAGGCCUUCGAAAUUGAUUGUUUUAAUUACGUUGACAUCCUCUAUCAGUGGAUUUAUGUUUGGAUAUGACACGGGUUACAUAUCUUCCGCUUUGGUGAACAUUGGUACCGAUUUGAGCAAUAAAAUAUUGACUAACGGAGAGAAGGAAUUCAUUACCUCUGCUACUUCGUUGGGUGCUUUGAUUGGGGCUAUCAUCGGUGGAAUAUUGGCCAACUUAAUUGGAAGAAAAGUGGUUUUGUUAGGUUCCAAUGUUAUUUUUGUGGUAGGUACGAUAGUUCAAUUAGCGGCACAUACUGUUUGGACGAUGAUUGUUGGAAGAUUUAUUUUGGGUCUCGGGGUCGGUAUUGCUUCUUUAAUUUCACCUUUGAUGUUGAGUGAAUUAGCACCCUCAAAAUACAGGGGCCGUUUAAUUGUCACCAACUGUAUGUUUAUAACUGGAGGUCAGAUGAUUGCCUAUUUCAUAAACUGGGGAUUAACCGGUGUGAAUAAUGGGUGGAGAAUAUCUGUUGGGUUAUGUAUGGUGCCACCAGUAAUUCAAUUUGUAUUAUUUUGCUUCUUACCAGAUACGCCUAGAUUCUACAUAAUGGUAGGUAGAGUUGAAGAGGCUAAGAGGGUUUUGAGUAAAACUCACCAUAACCCUUCGAAGGCUUUUGUUAAUGCAACCAUUCAGGAUAUGAUUGCCUCUAAUUCAACAGUUCCAGGUAAGAAUCCUUUGAUUCAAGCUUGGAAUUCAAUCAAACUCAUCCAUACUAACCCUGCAAAUUUCAGAGCAUUGAUAUUAGCUUGUGGCUUACAAGGAAUACAGCAAUUUACUGGAUUUAAUUCAUUAAUGUAUUUCAGUGCAACAAUUUUUGAAACCAUUGGGUUUCAUAAUGCAACUGCAGUGUCUAUUAUUAUCGCCGCCACAAAUUUCGUGUUUACAGGGGUUGCAUUGUGCAUUAUUGAUAAAAUAGGUCGUAGACGUAUCCUAUUAGGAGCAAUUCCGUGCAUGUGUAUCUCAUUGGUCCUUUGUGCCAUUGCAUUUCACUAUUUAGGUGUGAAAUUUACAUCAAGUUCUGAUGUUAUUGUCCAAGCGAGGGGUAUAACGGGAUGGGGAAUUGUUAUUAUUCUCGGUAUGGUAUGGUUUGUUGCUUCCUACGCGAUCGGUAUAGGUAACAGUGCCUGGACUGGUGUCGAAUUAUUCUCAGAUGUAAAUGUUAGAGCUGUGGGUUGUAUGUAUGCCGCUGCUACUAAUUGGGCUGGUUCCUUAGUUAUUGCAUCUACUUUCUUGACCAUGUUAGAGAAUAUAACUCCUCCUGGUACUUUUGCAUUUUUCGCAGGGUUAUGUUGUGUUGCAUUCUUUUUCGUUUAUUUCUUAUUACCUGAGGUUUCAGGGUUAGAAUUGGAAGAGACUACAGAGUUUUUAGCCAACGGAUUCAAUGUUAAGGCUUCUCGUCAAAUUUCGAAGGAAAGACAGAAGGUGUCAAAAUUCGUUAAUCACAAUGGCGCUCAAAGUGCAUAA